UUGGAGUGACGAGACUCCUGCUCCCCGUCCAUUUGUUGCUAUAUAUUUCCUGCAUGCAACAUGUGUGUGUGCGUGUGUGUCAUGAGUUAUGUGUGACAGAUGAAACGAGGACAGAGGGAGGGAACGAAAGUGUGAGCCAGGAUUCAAAAGGAGGGAAGACUUUGCUCUACUUGGAGCUUCAUAUGAACUUUGACAACUCCAAAGAUCUCAAGAAAUUCAAAUGUCUGAAUCCAUCAUGGGCAUUUGAAGAAAAGAAGUAGUAGGGAAGCAAAUUCGUUUUCUGGGAAUGCAAGAAGUGAGGAUAAAAAAGUCAGGGAGACCACGAUGUCGACGUCCUCAUCAGAAAACAAUCCCGAAGAUGUCAACCAUCGCAGCUUCUGGAUGCCUGGGAACUAUCAUCCCACCGUGAAACGCACAGAAGAUUCCUUCCAGGCCUGCAAUGACAUCGUGGCGUGUUUCCAGGAGCGAGCCCGCGUGGAGAGGCAGUACGCCCAGCAGCUCGACGAAUGGAGCAACAAGUGGAAACCAGUAGUGGACUCCAGUCCUCUAUAUGGGUCACUACUGAAAGCUUGGCAGUGCUUCCUGUCGUCCGCCGACCGGCUGGCCUCGUUACACGCCUCCAUCUGUCGCUCCCUGGUGUCGGAAGAUGCAGACCGGGUCAGAACCUGGCAGAAGGACACCUUUCACAAGAAGUUAUUUGGAGGCUUCAAGGAGUCCCAGGACAUUGAGACCGGGUUUGCACGCGCUCAGAAGCCCUGGGCGAAACGGCUUAAGAAGCUGGACAAAGCCAGGAGGGCGUACCAUAAGGUGAGCCGUAAGGAGCACGCCGCUAAGGAGAGAGACUUUCACGCUCAGGGAAACCCAGACGUUUCUAUCGACAAGCAGAAAAAGAUCCAAGAGGAGCGAGAACUGGCCCAGCAAGAGGCCGAGAAGGUCCGCGCUCGCUAUGAGAAAGUCCUGGAGGAGGUGAACCGCUACGUGCCUCGCUACAUGGAGGAGAUGGAGUCCGUUUUCGACCAAUCCCAGGAGGAGGAGCGGAGGAGGAUCGUGUUCCUCAAAGAAGCCUUCCUGUCUAUCCACAAACACCUGGACGUCACCACCAACGAGAGUGUGAUUGCCGUGUACAGUGAGCUGCACAACACCCUGAUGGCCAUCGACGAUCAAGAGGAUCUCCGCUGGUGGAAAAACACUCACGGACCCGGCAUGCCGACCGACUGGCCUCACUUCCAGGAUUAUUCACCUGAGAAGAAAAGCAAAAAGGGGAAGAAAGAGGUGGAAAAGAAAGGAACAAUAGAGAAGAGUGUGAUGAUUGGCGGCGUGAGAGUGAGAGCUCUGUACGAUUAUGUUGGUCAGGAGACGGAUGAACUCUCCUUUAAAGCAGGUGAGGAGUUUCUGAAGAUCGAGGAUGAGGACGAUCAGGGUUGGUGUCGAGGAAAGAAGGACGAAGGCUGGGAGGGGCUUUACCCGGCGAACUACGUGGAGGUCGUAUAGUUUCCACAAACAGGAUGGAUGUGGGCCAAACAACCCGGUGCUGCGUCUGGUUCUGAUCAGAAACAUUUAGAAAAUACAUCAGAAAUUAUAACCAAACACAAAAACCUUUUUGACCUAUUUUGACAAACAGAUUUGUAAGUUGUUGUUUUUUUAACCUCCUGAAGGAUUUUAAUGAAUGUUUUAAGACAAAAAUACAAGUGAGCAAUCCCUUUAUGUAACCAUGACAAGCAUAUGCUGGAGUAUUAAGUCACGCUGUUUGACAUUACAAAACAAGACUCAGAUUUUGUUCUAUUAAAUUUUUUUCUGCUGCUUUUAAAACUCAAGCAGCUGCAGAAGUGAAGGUGAGAAUCGUUAGAAAUGUUUGCAGCUUCCAAAACACAAAGCUCUUCAAUGACGGGACACUAAAAACGUCUUAAUUUGUGGGUUUUAAUACUUGCAGUGCGUUUCACCUCCACUUUCCCACUUCGCUGCUUGAAAGGGAACAAUCACAUAAACCAGUCAAUUAUUGCAGCUUCUCUCUUCUUUAUGGAGCUUCAUAUGAACUCUGAUCGCUUUAUUUCUCCAUAACGUCUCCAAAUAAGCAGCAGAUUUCUACAGUAAUGAGAAGAAUAAUUACAAACAUUUUCAUGUUUCCAAAGACUGUUAGGAGAAAAUAAACACAAUUUAUGCAAAGAUGCAGUUCAUAAAGUGUUGAGCCUUCUUCUUCAUACCUGGUGUUCUGUCUGACAAAGUAAAUGAAACAUUUGGACUAAAUCCUAAUUAAUGGCGACACAUUCUGGUUUUCUGCACUUGGAGUUGAUCACAGGUUCCAAAGGAAGUUCAGAUCUUUCUUACCAUAACUCAGAAAUUUAAACAUUUUGUGCAUUUCGUCCUGCAGAAUAUGUUGGUUUUCUUGGUUUACAUUUUCUUAGGUUUCUGCAGAAACAGCAUCACUGUUCUGAUAAAAAUCUCCUUCAGUGCAGCGAAACAUUUCAGCAUGAACGUUUUAAAAUCUGAGAAUCUUUUCCAGAAGGAACUUUUUUUAUGUUUGUCUUUAAUGCCGAUUAAUCAACAUUCAAAAAAUUCCUGAAUAAACAAACACUCAGAGCAGUAAUUAACCCGAAACUCUACAAAAUAUAUUAACAUUUUGCAUUUAAGAUUAAAAACAACUUUGUCUGUAAUGCAUUUUACCCAAAACUUCUCAUAGUUUUAGCUUCACUUGGUUCAAAUUCACUAAUUGCUGUAUUAUUGCAUUUUAGGCAAUAAAAUCUCUUUCUGCUCAACCAUCACCGCUUCAUGGAAAAGAAGCUGAAUGUGUCGCCUGCUGUUUGCAAAGAUUAAUCGUCGCCAUGACAUCAGAUUAAUGGCCAUAUUUCUGGCUUUUUUUCACUGCAAAAACACAAAAUCUUACCAAGUAGCUUUUCAUCCAAAUCUCUUAGGAUGCUUGAAAGAAGACAAUAAACUCACAAGUAACUUUUCAGCAAGAUAUAAGAGCUUAUUUUAAAUCAAUAACUCCAUAAUAUCAAUGAAAACACAUUAAAAUGGCCGAUUGUUUCACUUAUAACAAGACAUUUUUCUCAUGUUAUAAAUGAAAUAAUUUGCCCAUUGAACUUGUGCUUUUUCAUCAACACUAAGGAAUCUUUUUAUUAAAACAAGCUCAUUUAUUGCUCAUGUUACUUGAGUUUCUUAUUUCUCGUUUGAGAGAUUUUCACUAGUAAAAUCCUGUAAGAUUUGUUUUUCCUUUUUUACAGUGUUCAAGAUUGAGCUAACAGACUUUCUGUAAAACAGAGACAGUCUUUACCAAAGUAAGGAAACGCCUGUCAUUAAAAGCUUCCUUUGCCUUGCUUAGCUACUCCUCUCUAUAUAUACAUGUUUGUACUUUUUAUCUUUGUCAUGUGAGAAUUAUACAUUCGUAAACUCUUCAUGUCUUUUGGAAAUAAACUCCGAUGCUAAAAACA